GCUAUGGAAUCAGCUAAUAAAGCGCCUUCGAAUGUUAAAUCGGCAGAUUUCAACAGAUGUCGUUGUUGACAAAUAAUUGGCAGAUGUGUUUUAAAACGGCGGUUCUAAAUAUUUCUCCGCUCUGUACUUUUUAUAAAUACGUGAAUAUUUGGCUGACUAUCUAUGUUUUUCUUCGUUUUAUAAUCACUUUGACAAUAAUCUACUUAUCGCAAUAUUAACUUAAAUGUCUUUGGAAUUAUGGCAAUGUUCUAGCAUAACUGAAGCAAGUCAAGGUGCAUUCCAUUCUACAAAGUUACCGCCACGAAUCAGAAGAUAGUCAUAUACUACGUCGUAUUAUUACAACAAAACAAUUGCAAAAACAAAGAACAACACAAUAAAGUAGAAAUGUUUGCCAGGGAACAAGAUAGUCCGGAACAGGAAAAAAUUCUUCAGCACUUGAAAGAACUAUUUUGUACGACACCACUUUGGAAGCUACGAAAAGUUUGUAUUACAAAUAAUUGGAACUUGGAUUUGUGUGUAAACCAAAUGACAAGUAACGAAGGCAACCCCCCAACAACAAGUGAUGACGCGAAAACGGAUUCCGCUUUCAAUCCUGAUGACAUAGCUCCAAAGCCACCUCGAACGGAAACCGAACCUUUGUCCGCACAGGCACAGAAAGUUGGCAAUCUCAUUAAGCAAGGAUAUCGUGUUAUGGUGCUGAUGCGUGGACUCCCUGGAGUAGGGAAAACAUAUUCCGCUCGUUCUAUUGUAAAAAAUUAUGUCGACUUACAACCACCAUUUUGUUCUGUUGGGGACUUUAUUUUUAGCACUGACGACUAUUUUUACAACGCCAAAGGUGUCUACAAGUACAAUGUAAAUCUUCUGAAUGAAGCACAUGAAUUCAAUCAAUAUCGAGUUCGAGAGAAAGCAAUGAGCGGGUUCAGUCCAAUUUUUGUGGACAAUACAAAUAUGAAAGCCUGGGAGAUGUUGCCUUACGUAAAAUGUGCUAUAGAAAAUGGAUAUCUAAUUGAAAUAAUUGAACCAAAGCCCUCGUGGAGAAAAUCGCCAAAUGUGUUAGCCCGACGUAAUUUGCAUGGAGUUCCUGCGGACAAAAUUCGACAUAUGAUAGAUAAAUAUGAAAAAACAAGUGUUCCUGAAUUGUUGAAGAUGUUUAAAACAACAAAGUAUACUGUUAGUUUGCCACAAUUUCGCAGUAUACCACCAAUAGCCAACGUGGUUUCACCAAAUGCCGAUGAAAAAGACAAAACCGUUGUUGGACAGGAAAGUCAAACAAUGGAACUGCCACACUCUAAAGACACAGACAAAUCUAACUGGACCCCGUAUGACACAAACGCGCCGAAAGAUCAGCGUAAGAAGUUUAAGUCAAGUGCUUCGCCCCCAAAACAGAAGCAAAAACUCGAUGAGGAAUUAAAACCAAAUUCUCAACAAACAUCUUCGCAAAUUCCGAUAAAGUCCGCUUCUGAGCGAGAUGUAUAUAGUUUGCUCGAACAAAAGUUGUCCAAUGCUUGGAAGCCAUACGAAGCCGAGUCGAUAGACUUUUGGGGCCCGGAUCUGCAGUCGGUACAAGUAACUCCCUCAUUUGAUAAAAAUAAGAUUAAUGUAAGCGCUGAUAGGGGCAAGUCAUUAAUUGAUCUUUUGCGAGACCACGAUACAGAUAAGGAUACUAUGGCCUUGAACAUAAAGAACAAUGAAGAAAUUACUUCUUCCUCGUCUUUCACCCGCCAUAGUAUUGAUUGUCCCAAUGAGAAUGCUUCAUUUAUCACACUAAGACAAAUAUAUCCCAAUAAGGAAAUCGGUGGUCUGUGGGAUCUCUUUGUGAAAUGUAACGGGGACAUUGACUGGGCAGUGGAUAUUUUGUUGAAAGAAGAUGAGUUGUCCAAACUCCGAGGAGACACAGAGCUACAAGAUAAUGAUAACGAUUUUGACGAGUUUGUGUGCUCAUGCAAACUUACCCCGAAUGAACCUCAAGUACGGGCUGAGUUGGAAUAUCCUGUAUCACACAAUGAAUUACAUGUGGGUGCUAAUGAAACCAAUGUGGACAGCAAAGAGACAAAACCUUCUCAAAGACCACAACGUCAGAGGUUCGCUCGUCCAAGACUAGCAUACGAUCGCAAUCUAUUAGAAGUGAAAGAAAAUAUCGAAAACUGUUUUGUUCUAGGAGAUAGUCACUACUCCAAACAUGUAUUGAAGAUAAGAAAUUCUAGAAAUGGGUUAACAUCCGGAGAUGGUACUUCUAUAGCCACAACCCAAGAGUGUGAAGACAAAGGUGAAAAUAUAGAUGAGUCUUCCAAUAAAGAAAAUGACGACGAUGUUGAUGAAGACAUUGGCAAUGAAAGUAACGAAAAUGAGGCUAUGCUGGAAAUGUCCCUCGGUGAACAUUUAGUUCAGCAACUACUCGAUAAUUUCCGCAAUGAGUCUUCUUUUGAAGAACAAGUUCCAUCCACACUACCACUCAAUUUAAAGGUAUUUAUGCCACGUUCUCUGGCCAAGCAGUUGUACAUGUUAUGGAUAGAGUCAGCAUAUAAUCAUUUGGAAGAGGAGCGCCAGCAAAUGAUGCGAGAAGAUGAAGACUUUGCACGUCUUCUUAAGCACCCAAAAUAUUCCGAAUAUAAACAAUCACCAAGUAAUUUACGUGAAAUGUUAGACAUUGAAUAUGCUUGGAAUCUGUACAAGAGAGAUAAAGAAGGCAUCGAUAUGCAAAGAAGUGAAAUGGAAAAACUUUCACAACCUACGGACCUGGCCGCACAUCUCACUCAGAUGAAACUCUGCGAAACGUUCCCAGACAUUCCACGCGAAACACUGCUCGAUAUUCUAUCCUCGACAGACAACAAUUACAAAGAGACAGUAUCAAUUUUACAAAGCACCAUGCACGACGCAGAGACAAUGGACACCCAUCUGGAGGACGUCCAAAACUCUAAUGAAUAUCAAAAGCAAAGUCGGACUUCGAAUGUCAACGUUUGGGAUGACGAAAAUAAUACUAGAGAUCCUUCCUUUUCGCCAGAAGCAGCGAAACGGCUAGCGCUGAAGGAAUUCGAAGAAGCUCGCAACCUUGCAGCGCACCACUGUCAAUUGAGGGCCGAAUGCUACCAAAAGGCCAAGGAAGCUAUACAAGCAGGCAAUGGUGGUGCAGGUCUUUACUAUUCUCAAAUAGCUAAUUUGCAUAAACAGAAAAUAGAUAUGUACAACCAUCGAGCCGCAAACUGUAUAAUGAACGUCCACAAAUAUACCCAAAAUAACCCCGACCAUUUAGAUCUUCACUAUUUUCACCUCUUAGAAGCGAUGGCAUGCUUAGACCUGUUUCUAGAUCGUCAUAUCACAUCUUUACGUUUGGCUUCAAGAAAUUAUAAAUUUGUUUUUAUAAUAACUGGUCGUGGAAAACACAGUGCCGGAGGCGUUUCCGUCAUCAAGAGCAAGGUAAAGGCAAGACUUGAGGAGCGUUGUCUGAAAUGGAGCGAAGUAAAUCCUGGUUUAUUGAAAGUGAAAGUAUUUUCCGGUUCACGCCAUUCGCAGAAUUUCUGACUGAAGCAGGUAAAUACAUCUACUGUUACUUAGUUCCAGCUAUCGUGAUCGCCUUCCUGUCUAUAUUACCUGAAUAUUCACUUAUUAAGAAUAGAUUACAGCAGUAGUCGAAAAAAUUACAAAGCUAUGCUACAACAAGACGGAGGAUGUACAAAGGCACCACAUGCAAUGUCUACCUGUUUUUGUACUAGGAAUUCUGCGUUUUUAAUUUUUAUGAUUUUUAAAACUACCAUGCAAUCGUACAACUGUUGUAAAUAGAUAGUACUUAUUUAUGUACAUACGAUUUUUUUACCAAUAAAAUAUAAAUAUAUAGUUUUUA